UAAUUCUCUGGCAUUUGUACCGACGGUCUAUUAAUUGUCUGGUAUAACAUGUUUAUAAAUACAAUUGCAGACUGUUCUUUAUGAAGCUCAUCGGAUUUCUGGCAUUUUUACGCAAAGGGCAUCGCGAUGGAGGACGCAGGCGUGUUAAUGAUGUGUCCCGUCUCGUCCUAUCUCGAAGCUCAGAUUGACGAGCGCUUGAAGCUCUUCAGACUCUGGGACGCUUCUCCUUCCAUGUCCGAUUUCCUGAAGCUCAAUGCCCGUUCAAUUCGAGCCGUCGUCGGAAGCGCAUCGCACGGGGCUGACUCGGGGCUCAUCGACUCGCUUCCCAACCUUGAAAUCGUCUCCACCUGCAGUGUAGGUUACGAUAAAAUUGACCUGGCUAAGUGCAGAGAGAGGGGAAUUCGAGUCACCAACACUCCCAAUGUGCUCACAGACGAGGUCGCCGAUGCAGCAAUAGCGCUGGUCUUGGCGACCUUGAGGAGAAUCUGCGCUGCUGAUGGCUUCGUCAGAAUGGGUCUGUGGAGGAGUUGCAAUUUUGAGCUGGCCACCAAGUUCAGUGGUAAAUCAGUUGGGAUAAUAGGGUUAGGCAGAAUAGGUUCAGCAAUAGCAAAGAGAGCUGAAGCAUUUGGCUGCAGAAUCAGCUACACCUCCAGACUGAAGAAACCCCAUAUCAAUUACACAUUCCACUCAAGUGCUGUUGGUUUGGCUGCUGAUUCUCAAAUCCUAAUUGUUGCUUGUUCGUUAACAGAAGAAACACGACACAUUGUAGAUCGUAGGGUCAUUGAUGCUUUAGGUCCAAAUGGUGUUCUAAUCAACAUAGGACGAGGUGCCCAUCUGGAUGAACCUGAACUUGUGUCUGCUUUGCUUGAAGGGCGAUUAGGUGGGGCAGGGCUUGACGUUUACGAGAAUGAGCCUGAUGUGCCCGGUGUGCUUUUCAGUCUGCAAAAUGUUGUUCUUCUGCCUCAUGUUCCAAGCGACACCAUUGAAACUUCCCGGUCCAUGGCUGAUCUUGUUGUUUCAAAUUUGGAGGCUCAUUUUCUUAACAAACCUUUACUAUCUCCUGUGAUUUGAAUGGUCUAUGAAAAGUUUCUUGGGGUUUCAGCUGACCUUUCUUCCUAUUUCUCUAGGUGCUAGUCACCAUUUUCCUUUCUUUGAGAAGUAUCGAUUUUUAUGAAGUCUCAAAAUUGUGAUAAUUUGUUCUGUUUAUCUUGAACUAAGGUUUCCAUAUUGUAACACUUAAAUAUCAUGAUAUUCAGAACCCUUUGUUUCAAUGAAUGUGCUCAUAUGUUACUUUUAUUACCCGGUAAAUGGCAUGUAUUAUAAAUCCCCUUGUAAGAUGUUAAUAGUCUAUUUUUACAAGGCAUUUUUGUUGUCUAUGUAGCG